AUGAUGACACAAACACAAUCGCCGCCCAUUCCGUCGCCUCCGCCAGACCUCAGCGCCAGACUCCCCAAGCUCAUCCCCCGCAAACGCGCCCCCACAUCGCGAGAACCGCCUUCUGCCCCUCCCCCACCGACGCCUUCGUUACCUGAGCCACCGAGCCUAGAGAGACAUGCUUAUACACGACCUUCGAGGCGUAUAUUGAGCCCAGAAGAUCACCAACUCUUCCUCAAGAGUAAAACAUGCACAUUAGUCGAAGCUUUUGUCUUCGGCAUCGCAGAUUCGGUGCGCGACCGCAGCAUUUCGAGCGUCAGGGAUGAGGAGGUGACAGACACAGUCAAGACAGUCAUCCAGAUACUAGCAGAAGCGGACAAGGUCUUGGAAAGAUGUCCGCGGGAAGACACAGGGUCACGGUUCGGCAACCCAGUCUUCCGCACAUUUCUCGACGAAGUUGAGAUGUCAUUGCCACUCUGGCACGAGAAACUAGGGUUGAAAGACAAGGCGCAGGUCGAUGAGAUGGCAACGUACCUCCAUAACUCCUUCGGAAACAAGCGACGCAUAGAUUACGGAUCUGGCCACGAGCUGAACUUCUUCCUCUGGCUUCUCUGUUUGAAUCGCAUCGGCAUACUCUCUGACACAACUUUCCCCGCGCUCGCCCUCGUCGUCCUGCCUGCAUAUCUGCGCCUCAUGCGUCGCGUGCAAGAAGAAUACUACCUCGAGCCUGCGGGCUCUCAUGGCGUUUGGGGAUUAGAUGACUACCAGUUCCUCCCCUUCUUAUUCGGCGCAGCCCAACUCCUUCAUCAUCCCUACAUCACACCGAAAAGCAUACACAACGCUUUGGUACUAGAAGAAGAGAGCAAGAACUAUCUCUACCUAGACCAAAUCUCCUUUGUCAACUCGGUCAAGAAUGUUGAAGGUCUGCGCUGGCAUUCACCUAUGCUUGACGACAUAUCCUCGGCGAAGAACUGGUCAAAGAUUGAAUCCGGAAUGCGCAAAAUGUUCCGCAAGGAAAUCUUGGAGAAGUUGCCUGUCAUGCAGCACUUCCUGUUUGGCAGCCUGGUGCCGCCUGUUGAUGGAAUGAGUACCGAGGAGGAAGCGGGUGUGGAGAAGGAGGAAGAGGAGGAAGAGGGUGGAGAGGUCAAAGUGUUUGAUGAUGAGAUGGGAAAGAGACAUGUACACGCAAGUGUCGGCUGGGGAGAUUGCUGCGGCAUUCCCGUGCCGUCUGCUGUUGGUGCCGAGAGUGAAGCGCGGAAAGGUGGUGCUAGGGGGUUGCGGAGAGUGCCUUUUGACUAG